AUGACUGCUUUGCGAUUUGUCAGAUCUGUGUGGGAGUCCUUUCGGGCUAAUUCGGGCCUAGAGCCUCGACUCUUAAAUAAUCUCCAAGUCACCGCUGCCAGGCCGGGAACUGUCAACUUUGAGCUUGAUAUCCGGAAGGAACACACUAACCGAUUGAACAUCCUCCAUGGCGGCACUAUUGCUAGCAUGGUUGACCUCGGUGGCUCCUUGGCUGUGGCAUCUCGUGGCCUGUUUGCAACGGGCGUAUCUACCGAUUUGAACGUCACCUAUCUCAGCUCUGGCGGCAAGAUUGGAGACAGGAUCCUGGCGGAGGUGACGUGCGACAAAUUUGGCAAAACCCUUGCCUAUACCUCAAUCAAGUUCACCAAUGCCAAGGGAGAGAUUGUUGCCCGUGGAAGCCACACCAAAUAUGUCACCCUGGCAUGGAGAGACCCGCAGAACAUCGUGGAGGAAAUCAACAAGGAGCAAUAA